GUUUGCUUGCAGUUGUGCAGCACUCGUCGCCGUCGUCUGCUACAUCAACUCACUCCACUGCACGUUCUGCUUCGACGACCAAUCUGCCGUCGUCGAGAACGAGGACCUACGACCGGAAUCCUCAUUCCUCAGUCUCUUCCGGAAUGACUUCUGGGGCACGCCCAUGUCACAAGAUGGCAGCCACAAAUCAUACCGACCUCUCACUGUUGCAUCAUUCCGCAUCAACUACGCACUGGGUGGUCUUGAUCCCUGGGGAUAUCAUCUAAUGAACGUUUUGCUACAUGGUGUUGUAUGUUACAUGUUUGUGUGUUUGUCCAACUUGGUGUUGAACGAUGCUACAUCGAGCCUCGUGUGUGGACUGUUGUUUGCUGUACAUCCUAUACACACCGAGGCGGUGGCUGGAAUUGUGGGACGAGCAGAAUCGUUGUCUGCGAUUUUUUUCAUCUCGAGCUUUGGGUGUUACACUCGCAGCAUUGAGGGUUACGACCGAACGCGAUAUGGUUAUCUCGUUGGAGCGAUAAUACUCUGUGUUGCAUCGACUCUGUGUAAAGAGCAAGGCAUCACGGUCGUCGCCGUUUGCUGUGUGUACGAUCUAUUUGUUGCUCAUGGAGUUGAUAUCAAUGAACUGCUGGAAUCAAUAAAACAAAUUUUAUUGGAACGAUCAUUUCCGUCUUGGUUCCGGCCUGUUUUCAUUCGAUGCUCUGUUCUGCUGUUUAGUACUUUGUUUCUCAUGUUACUUCGUAUUCGUAUUAUGGGAGCCGAGUUGCCCGUCUUCACACAGUUUGACAACCCAGCAGCGGCUUCACCGACUCCGACUCGUCAGCUCACGUUUGCUUAUUUAUUAUUUAUCAAUGCCGGAUUGCUGUUGCUGCCGUUGCACCUUUGCUGUGAUUGGACGAUGCAAACGAUCCCGCUGGUCGAGAGCAUCAUGGAUUGGAGGAAUAUGGGCACUAUGGGAUUAUUGAUAUCAAUGGGGUUACUCAGUUGGUACUGCGCAUUUGGUAAAGAAUUUGAAAAGAAAGGCGUGAUUGCUGCUCUGUCGCUGAUCGUGUUUCCAUUCAUUCCUGCAUCGAAUCUCUUUUUUCCGGUCGGAUUCGUUGUAGCAGAGAGGAUCCUCUAUGUGCCCAGCAUGGGGUAUAUACUGUUGGUCGUCAUCGGAUGGAAAAAACUUCGAAACGAAUACAAAACAAUAUCCAACAUAUUGAUUUCAAUGAUAUUAAUAUUUUUUGCUCUCAAGACGGUUGAUCGUAAUCCGGAAUGGUUCAGUGAUGAGACGCUAUUUAAAGCUGCAAUUCGAGUGAAUCCUCGUAAUGCGAAACUGUACAACAACUUGGGUCACGUGUAUGAAGACCGACGCGAACUGACAACUGCUGAGAGUUAUUUUCAUCAAGCAGUCGACAUCCAACCGGAUGACAUCGGCAGUCACAUAAACAUGGGACGUAUACUCAAGGCACUAGAGAGAUACGACGAGAGCGAAGUAUCAUACCAGAAUGCAAUGGACAUGAUGCCGAAACUCGACGGCAAACUCAAGAAAUUCCGUGUAGCGCCGUCUCACAUCAACGUGUACUACAACCUGGCUAAUCUAAUUAAACGGGAUCCGGCACGGUUACAUGAAGCGGAGCAACUCUAUCGAACGGCCAUCAAAAUGAAACCGAAUUUUGAAUCGGCUCACAUGAACCUUGGCGACGUCCUACUCAAACUGAAUCGAAUCGACGAGGCGGAGAAAGCCUACAAGAAGGCAAUAGAAAUUAAACCGAAAUAUGCGGACGCACACUUCAAUUUGGGAGUCGUUUGUCUGUCUAAGAAUUUACAAACGGAUGCCACAGUGAGUUUUCGAAAUGCAUUGAGAUUUGAUCCAAACCAUGUGUUGUCGAUGGUCAAUCUUGCUCUUGUGAUUCAAGACUCGAAGGAGGUGAGCGAUACGGACGAAGCUGUUCGUUUAUAUAAACGAGUGCUAGAGUUGGAUCCGACCAAUGAGAAGGCGUUGUUCAAUAUGGGUGUCAUAGCAAUGGAUUUAAAUCAACCGGAAGAGGCAGAGAGAUGGUUUAAGAAAUCGGCGACGGAACAUCCGAACUCACGAAGCGCAAGCUUCAAUUUGGCUCUUUUGUAUAGCCAGCAUGAUCGGAUCGGUGAGAGUAUAAAGAUCCUUUCAUCACUUGUGAAGAAGUUUCCGACUCAUGCCAAUUCGCAUCAGUUAUUGGGUGACUUGUACGUCGGUGUGAAGCAAUACGCUGAUGCUGUGGAUGCUUAUUUGGGUUGUAUGGAGGCUGAUCCACGGCAUGUCACAUGCAGGCAUAAUGUGGGUGUGGCUUAUGUUGAGUUGGGACGAUUUGAAGAUGCGGAGAUGAGCUUCAAGAAAACGUUGGAACUUGAUCCGGCGUAUGGCAGUGCGAAGAGACAUCUGCAGCUGAUAAGACAGAAAAUUGUAGAAAGGAAUAAAAGUAAAGUGUGAUAGUGGAAAUGACUAUUGAUGUAUUGUACUGUACUGUACUGUACUGUAGUGUACUGUACUGUAGUGUACUGUACUGUAGUGUGCUGUACUGUACUGUACUGUGCUGUAUUGUACCGUACUGUACUGUACUGUAUUGUACUGUACUGUACUGUUACUGUAUAUAGGAUAGGCAAUAUAUACGUGUAAUUGUCAAUGGUACAGUAGUUAUG